AUGAUCAAACAGAAACAAAGCCACCCAUUCUACCUCCGCUCAGAGAAUGGGACGACUCACACAAUAGCAAAAACAGUCACCACUAUUGGGUCAAAUGGCGAUAUUAAAAUUUCAGAGGAACUCCCGGAUUUGUUGAUGAGACAUUGCACGCUUCUGGCGUUUAACGGCGGGGUCUUCAAGCUGUGCAACCUGAGCAAAAUCAAACCAACGAAAGUGAAUAAUGAGGAGAUGGCUGGUCCCGUGUAUCUCAAAAUAGGUGACACUAUCGAAAUAUGUGGGAGGAAAUACACCCUCAUGAGUGAGGACAACAUUGCCGAAAUUAAACGGAGGAGGGAGGUGGAAAUUGAAGCGAAAAAGCCCAAGAAAGCAGAGGAAGAUACACUGGAGUUUAAAAGAGUCUCUCCACCUCCAAAGGUGACAAAGAAACUUUUGGGGGUAAAUGUAUCACGUCAAAAAGUCGUCACACAGUCCCCUCCAAAAGAUGAACAAAGCAGUUUUGAAGAAGAUAGUAUUGACUUCUCAAGUCCACUCCCCAUUAAAAAUACCCCAAGUUGUGGAGAUAAUGGCGUUGAAAUCAGUGACUUAGUAAUUCACAAUCCUUUCAUGACUCAUUCGUUGGUCGAAACUAACAAACAAACGCCAACGAAAGACGAUAACUUCACUAUCACUUUUAACCUUGAAAAUUCGAUCUGUUUGCAAAGAGCAAAUAUUUCAAAUGUGGAUAAAACGACUCAGAAAGUUCUUGAUGACAGAGAAGAAGACUUCUCAGAGAGCUGCGGCGACGCUAUUUCAGUCGAUUGGACUGAUCAACCACUCUCACAGGAUAAAACCGCUCAAAUGGACUUGGAGAUGAAGCAAAACCCCCUAGAAGACGAAGAAGAAAACGUUUCGUUUGACGAAGAACCUUUCACUGGGUUCAACUAA